AUGUCGGCAUCGAUAGGACAUCCAACAUUAUGUCGAAAGAAUCUUCUGGCUAACCAACAGAUACAUCAAUCAAAUACACAACAGCGUUUGUCAGCAAUAUGCAAACGACUUUUCGAAAUUCUCACUCACUACGAUACUCCAAAAGUCGUACGUUUCGAAUCCAAAUGGAUCGCAGGCUUAUCUUUAUUUGUUAAAUUGUCUCUCGCUCUUAGUUGUAUAUAUUUGAUGUGUCAACGAAGUUCAUAUCAAAUAUUUGAUCGUUCACCUAUAUCCGCUGUGACAAUCAAAGUUAAACCAUCGUCGAAUUGUUCAAGUGAUCCAAAGAUAAUGAGACAUUUCCCCGAUUACAACUGCUCACAGUCGACCUAUGAUGUAAACGAUUUCAUUGUACCUCCCACGGAAAACUCCGCUGUGACAAUCACCACUCGCGUAGUCGAAUUUGGCCAUAUUCUACAAAAUUGUGAUAUAGCAAAGACACGAACUAAUCAAACGAACUUUCUACGACCUUAUACAAAACUCUUGCACGAGUGUUAUGGCAAAGCACGUUGUAUUUUACCUCCUUCCUAUCGUUCCAUUUGGGAAAACAAUACUAUCGUUCGUAAACCACAACUAUGUUGGUUCAAGUUACCCAAAGUACAUGUCAAGCGUAAUUAUCAAGCACUCGAUUACGUUCUAUUUAUAAAACAUUAUGUUGAAUUUCCUCAACUUAAUCUCGUGCGUAACAAUCUCAUGCAAGGUGCUUCAGAGAACUAUACGCAAACAUGUGAAUAUGAUCCAGAUGAUCAUCCACUUUGUCCAAAAUUUCGCAUUUUGAAGAUCUUGCAAUUGAUCGAAGUUGAUCCGAAGGAAUAUGAGUCAAUGCUUUAUUACGGUUCAUUGAUUGAAAUUAAAAUCAGUUGGAAAUGCGAUCUUGAUAAACCGCGGAGAUUUUGUGAACCCAAGUACCAAUUUGAACGUUUAGAUCACAAGCCUUACGACGCGAAUCCGUAUCAGCCGGGUUCGACUUUUCUUACCGCAAAACAUUUUUUCGGACCAAACGAUCGAAGACUACAUCGAAUUCAUACACAUAUUUACAAUCUACAUAUCGUCGUAUCUGUUACAGGUGAAGUGGGAAAAUUUGAUCUUUUUCAAGCUACCACAAGUAUCGGUUCAUUUCUUGGAAUUUUUGGUGCAGGAACAAUUGUGUGCGAUCUCAUAGCAGCAUUCUUUACGAAUUUUAAAACGAUUAAAUACGAUGGUUGA